UUUUGUUUCUAUAUUUUUUUUCGUAUACGCUUGUUAAACUUGAGUGUAAUUUAAUUAAAUUACUAUGGACAGUUUAUCUCAAGAUUCGGACCUAUUUAGCCAAGACCUGUUUAGCCAGUAUGAUGAUAAUUUUGCUUCGCAAGAUUGUGUUGAGAAAUUCAUCAAUGAAAUCGAUUCAAACGAUGCGAAAAAUAUUCCAACUAAAAUGACUAAAGAUGAGGAAAGUAAAGCAAAUAGUCUAUCAAAAACAUCUGUAGAAGUUGUAGAAAACACACAAGUUGCAAAAACUCCUAUAGUACCUGUUUUUGGUAAAAGACCAAAACAAGCUAUUGCAAAGAAGGAUUCUAACAAAAAACCGAAAACAUUUACACCACCCGUAAAAAAAUCUGGCCCAGCUAGUUUUGCGCCGCCCGUAAAAUGUACCAAAAAUAAUGAUAGUACGAUCAUAACUACUGAUGGUGAAUACAGUAUAUGCUCUACAACCACACCUCUGGAUAAGUCAAUAGAAUUACUGAAUAAAGCAUCAGAAUCUCUCCAACUAGAAGAUAAAAUAGAUUCAACACCAUCACCAGUAAAACUACCAACAAACAAACAAAAAGCAUCAAAAUCUAAGCCUAAAAAACGCGAUUUUGACUUAGGAGAUGCAAUAUUUGGUUCCCUAAACGUUUUAAAUGAUGAAGAAUGGAUAAGCCCUCAAAAUUGCACCCAAGCUACUGAUAUUUCUGACGCAUCUAGCGUAAAAAACCUUUCCGAGACUCAGAAUAUGGCCUCUUUUUGUUCAGUGACCUCUUUGAAUAAAACCUACAAGAAUAUGGAUGUGAAAAGCUCUGAUAAUGUCAAUUUAGUUCUGGGAAUUACCAAAAACGACGAGGGCAAAGAUGCGAUAGAAAAUUCUGGACAUAAAAUACCCGUGGGUGAUGAAUUCUUGAAGUUAUUUCAAGUGGAUAAUGUGUCUAAACAGAAAGAUGCUAAGGAACAUGUGGCGAUGUCUACUGAAUUAGGAGAUAUGGGCUUGAAUCGUUGGUAUCGCGAUUUUAUUAAAGAGAAACUCGAAAAUAAGAGCAUUGAAGCCGAAGAAAUAAGAGACAAUGAACAGCUUGAGGCAAUUGAUAAGAUACUGGAAAUGUAUCCCAAAGAAAACGAACAUUACAUAAGAAUACGACCAAACGGAAGAUCUAACUGAAUAUUUCAAAAAUUUUAAUUAAACAUGUUACCAUAAAACUAAUAAAUAAGAACAUAAAAACUU